AUGUUGGAGGUCCGUGGUUGGGAAGUUAAUGAGGUGAAUUCAAUAGGAAGCAACUUGGCAGUUAAUGAAGUGCAUUCAAUAGGAAGCAACUUGGCAGUUCGAACUUCCUACCAUCUCAUACAACAUUUAUUUCAAUUGGAUAUUACGAUUUUCAUGUCCAUGUUACAAAAUAUGGAACCACUUGACAUGGAAGUAGUUGAGUUGGAAGCAGUGGAGUUGGAAGGAGUUCCUUCUUGUGAGUUCAACACUGAUGACGUGGAUAAUAUGGACAAUAAUGUUCCAAAACUGCAGAUGUCUUUCGAUUCAAUAGAACAGGUGAAAAGUUUUUAUAGAGACUAUGCCGUCAGUUGUGGUUUUGCUGUUCGGAUAAGGAGCUCAAAGAAAAAUAACAACAAUCAAUUGACGUUCAUGAAAUUAGUGUGUUCUCGGCAAGGGAAGUACAUUUCUUCCAUUUCUCCAGAGUUCAAAACUCAGCCCAAUCAAAGAAACGAAUGCCCUACUGAAAUCACAGUUUCUCUUAAAGAAGGAAGAUGGUAUGUAAGGACAGUUGUCACCGAACACAACCAUGACAUGUGUCCGAAGAACUCAAAUCUUAUUCGUGGUAAUAGAAAACUAAAUAUGCAUUUGAAGCACACUCUUACCAUGAAUGAUGAUGCUGGUGUGCGCAUUAACAAAAGCUUCAUAUCAUUGGUUAAAUAUGCUGGUGGAUAUGAAAACAUACAGUUCAUUGAAUGUGACGCAAGAAAUUAUAUUGGGCAGCAGCGAAGGAGUUUUUGUAAGGAUAGAGAUGGGCAAACACUUCCAAAAUACUUUUCAAGAAUGAGAGAAUUGAACAACGAAUUCUUCUAUGAGAUGGAAAUGGACGAGCAUAACAGAAUUUGUAGUUACGAAAAUGCCCUACGACAAAAGGCCCAAAAAGAAAAUGAAGCUGAUUUCGUGUCAUUGAAUUCCACAAUACCAUGUGGAUCUCAAUCUCUUAUUGAAAGACAAUAUCAAAUGGAGUACACACAGGCUAAAUUUGUGGAAGUUCAAAAGGAAUUCAGAUCAAGGAUGAAUUGCUUCAUUAAGAAUAUGUCCACAAAAGGUUGUAGGACUACAUACAAUGUCAAAGAAGAGUUCAUUUGGGAGGGGCAAUGUGGUUCAAAAUUCUAUGUUGUUGAUUAUGAUUCUCUCUCAACCGACAUUCAUUGCAGUUGCAAACUUUUUGAGUUUAGAGGAAUCUUGUGUCGACAUUGCUUACUGGUCCUAGGUCAGGAAGAUGUGCGUACUGUACCAACAAAACAUGUUUUACGCUGUUGGAGCAAAAAUGUACGUAGAAGACACACUUUGAUAACAUCAUCUUACAGCAACCACACUCAAGAACCUAAGAUGCAGAUAUACCAAACUUUGUGUAAAUGUUUCUAUGACAUCGUGGAGGAGGCAUGUCAUUCUGAGACUGCUUCGAAGAAGUUGCUUUCCGAGUUAAACUCUAUAGGAAGAAGUUUAGGGGUAAGAACAUCACCGACAUUGAUGUUGGUCAACGAUGAUGGAUUUGACAUGCAUGGAAAUCCCCCUUCUAGUGAAGAAGGUCGACCACCUUGUGAAGUUGAUGGCUUGGUUGUUCGCAGUCUUGUCUCUGUCAAACGCAAAGGGCGACCACGAACAAAGAGAAUGCAAUCAACACUUGAAAAAUUAACAAAGAAGAAAAAGUCGCAUGGUGCUAAAAAUAAACAUACAACGAAUCAUAGUGAAAGAACUGAUUGUCAUGUUACAAACAUCCAUAAUGUUGAGGACCUUGGAAGUCAACAGAUGCUUGAAUCUCAAGUUUCACAAUCGGGAUUCAUGUCUUUAUUGACAUCUGCACACUACAAUAAUGAUAAUGUUGACUUGUCACCAUGUACUUAUACACACCUUUAG